CCUUGAUAAACCGUCAAUGAUCUUGUCGGUGCUUGAGGGAUUGUCGGAAUGACUCGCCUCGGAAACGAUGGAGCAGACAAUGCGUUAAGACUUUAUCUUCUUGUUCAAAUUAGCGCAACUUAUUAAAUUGCGCCAUGCAAAUUUUAAAGCCACGGGAACAAUUAAGCAGGACAGCCCGUAACUACCCUCGAGGUUGCGCGUGUUUCGUAAUGCGAUGGGAAGUCGUAACACAUAAGGGAUACCGCAGCGAGGUGCCGGAGAUGUCGCGAAAUCUCGUCAGAAGUCAGUGAACGUCUUAACAGGUUAUUGUUGGCGGCCGGGCCAUUAUUUCAGCUUCGGAAUUUCGAGCGGCGUGACACGGCUGUAGCCGGCUGCAGGAGAAGAGACGGCCUUCUUCGUCUUCGAGUGACGACGAUGACGAGGACAACGAGGAGUGUCACGCACCGCGUGUUAACGUCCCAUGAAGACUCAACAAUGAAAGCGAAACCGCGGCUCGCAAUUAUGUCCACGACUUGUGUUCAGACGACCAGAGCGACUAUAUAUGCCAGAAAGCAGAAUCCGCGUAGCCAGUCCGUGACACUGAAUCGCCAUAUCUCGUUCUAAGAUUGACCUCAUACUUCAUCCUCGAGAGUUUGCUUCGCCUUUGUUGCUGCCAAAGAUGACGCUUUGCAUUUCGCAAAGUUUAAUUGUGACACUCGGUUGUUUCGCUGUCCUGGUCGGUUGCAGUCCGAAGUUCGACGAUGGAGGAUUUGUGCCGAGCUCCAUUAGUUACAUGGAAAAACAUGGAAAGGCAGAGGAUCAAAUAGCUAUGCCGUCUUCUCAGAUUAAACAGCGUGAUGAAACCCCGAAACGCGAAUCCGAAACGAAUGACAUCUCAGAUCGCAAUCAAGAGGCGCGAUUUGGCUUCACGAAUAUUGGAAGUACCGGAAGCGGUUACGGCGUGUCGCCUUACGCACCGGCGAAGAUAGACCUUGGUGGACUUCUCUUAGGAGCCAUCAUAGGCGUGGGAUCGAUUCUCAUCAUCCCAAAGCUGCUCUACGUUUUGUCGGGCACUUACGGCACAUAUGCGAGAAGUGAGGACAAUAGUUUUACCCAGACUCUGACAAGGAUCGACGAUGUCCUGGCUCGUCACGGCAUCGACACGACCUCGUGUAUGCAGCGCGCAGUAUGCACGUAUUCGCAGCAAGCGGCCACCGCAGUCGGCGACGAGAACGCGAACGCGAACGAGAGCGAGAACGAUCAAGAAGAGAAGACGUCGUCCUUCAAUAGAAUGGUGAAUACUAUCACUACCAACCAGGUGUUCCGCACUGCCAUGCAGGGUACGGCGGUCGCGGAGGCGGUGGAGGCCGGCAAGACGGGCAGGAGCUGCUCGAGAUCGUAUCCGCACUGCGGAUUCUCGAUGGAGACGAUGCUGUCGCUGCUGGCCAACGUUAUCGCGGCAGCAAACACCCGCGUCCCGACACCCACCGGUCCCUCGUCGUUGUAAUAGUUGUAAUUUACAUAAUCUUUAUCUUUCUUUCGAAAAUUUAGAGAAAAUAAAGGAUGAUUUGAGGACGAUUGUAGUCUACAAAUAGCGGAUUAAAUCAGAGAAAAAAGAAAUAUUAAAAGAAGAAAGGAAAGAAGGAAAAAAUGCGUGAACGAAGGAAAGCAUGAAAAAUGAUAAUUCUCUAUAUCGACGUUGCAUUUGUACUUUCUGCGAUAAAACGCUGUUAAUAGAGUUUGAACGCAUAAUACACAAUACGUUUCGGGGAGAGUUGUUCUUAAAAAUAUGUCAGAUUGAUUCGUACAACGAUAGUCUCAUCUUUAUUUUGUAGAGAAUUACAUGUGUGUGUGUUUGUUGUAUGUGUGCGUGUUUGUGUGUGUAUGUUAUGUGUAAAGUGAAAAUCCGUCUCUCGAAAAUUCCACUCAGCGUGACACCAUCUCCCUCGUCUACACGUAGAAAACGUUAUAUACUCUAUAUAGCUUUCACAUUGAGGAAAAUAGAAUCGACUAGAGUCGCGAUACGGUCGCAGCGCAUCGCCCUUAACACGUGUCAACAAUCAGUACAGGCACUGCCCGUGACGACGACGUCGCGUUUACUUACACGCGACACUCUCUCCGGACAACAGCGCACACACACACACAGCCGCGAGGGUGAAUUGUAAAGUAAAGACACGAAGGGUUUCUCAUUUUCAUUCUUUCAACGCGUUUAUGUAAGGCAAUUUCUCUGACUUCAUUUUAUUCUAUUCUAUUUCUAUUUAAAUGUUAGCAGCUGGAAAGAUAAAUUAGUCAAAACAUAAUUCUAAUAGCUGCUGAGAUAGACGAGAAGACAAUGACUCGUAAAUUAGAAUUAGUGUAAAGUGAACGAAUAAAACUAAUAAAUCCUAAUUCCAUUU